UUUGAUUUUGGCAACACUGUUAUAAAUUCGAGAAACAAAAAAGUGUGACGGCCGAUAAUUUUGUGAAUAUUGUGCUUAAUUUACAAAAUAUAUAUUAAAAAUGUCGACGCUUGCAGCACCCUUAUCAGUAGCGGGGACCCGAUCUUCAGGGGCUCCGGUUAGAACCCAGAAUGUGAUGGCUGCAGCAGCAAUUGCCAACAUAGUAAAGAGUUCCCUGGGCCCAGUUGGACUGGAUAAGAUGCUGGUUGAUGAUAUCGGUGAAGUCACAGUCACAAAUGAUGGGGCAACUAUACUCAAAAUGCUGGAAGUGGAGCAUCCUGCAGCCAAAGUGCUUGUAGAACUGGCACAGCUUCAGGAUGAGGAAGUUGGUGAUGGGACCACAUCAGUCGUUAUUAUUGCCGCUGAAUUACUUAAGAAUGCUGAUGAGCUGGUAAAAAACAAAAUCCAUCCAACCAGCAUUAUUUCUGGCUAUCGUCUAGCGUGUAAGGAGGCUGUGAAGUAUAUUCAAGAUAACCUCACAGUAACCCUAGAAUCCCUCGGCAGACCGUCCAUCAUCAACGCUGCAAAGACGACCAUGUCUUCUAAACUUAUUGGAGCUGAUGCAGAUUUUUUCUCUGAAAUAAUAGUGGAUGCAGCACAAGCUAUCAAAAUCACAGAUUCCAAAGGAAACGCUCAAUAUCCCAUCAAAGCAGUGAAUAUACUCAAGGCGCACGGCCGAAGCGCACGGGAGAGUGUCCUUGUGAAGGGAUACGCUUUGAACUGCACAGUAGCAUCCCAGGCCAUGCCUAAGAAGAUUCUUAACGCGAAGAUUGCGUGUUUAGACUUCUCAUUGCAGAAAACCAAGAUGAAGAUGGGUGUACAGGUGCUGGUCACUGACCCCGAAAAACUAGAAGCGAUCCGAGCCAGAGAGCUAGACAUCACUAAGGAGCGUCUCCAGAAGAUCUUAUCCACUGGAGUGAACGUCAUACUCUGCAGUGGUGGAAUCGAUGAUCUCUGCCUCAAGUACUUUGUUGAGGCUGGUGCUAUGGGCGUCAGACGGUGCAAGAAGGCCGACCUCAAAAGGAUUGCGAAAGCCACCGGCGCUACGUUCCUAACGUCACUUACCAAUAUGGAGGGAGAGGAAGUCUUUGAGCCAAGCAUGAUUGGUGAGGCUGCUGAGGUGGUGCAGGAACAGAUUUGUGAUGAUCAACUCAUCUUAAUCAAGGGGCCGAGCGCGCGGUCGGCGGCGUCGCUGAUCCUGCGCGGGCCGACGGACGCGUACUGCGACGAGAUGGAGCGGUCGGCGCACGACGCGCUGUGCGCCGUGCGCCGCGUGCUGGAGUCGGGCCGCCUGGCGCCCGGCGGCGGCGCCGUCGAGGCCGCGCUCUCCAUCUACCUGGAGAACUUCGCCACCACGCUGAGCUCCCGGGAACAGUUGGCCAUAGCAGCAUUUGCUCAGUCUCUGCUGGUGAUCCCGAAGACACUGUCAGUAAACGCGGCCCGGGACGCCACAGACCUGGUGGCUAAACUACGCGCCUAUCACAACUCUUCGCAAACUAAGGUCGAACAUGCAAACCUGAAAUGGGUGGGUCUAGACCUCACAGAAGGUACCCUGCGCGACAACCUAGCCGCCGGUGUGCUGGAGCCCGCGAUCUCCAAGAUAAAGUCCCUCAAGUUCGCAACAGAAGCGGCCAUCACAAUCCUGCGCAUCGACGACAUGAUCAAACUAGAUCCGGAACAGAAAGGCAAGAGUUACGAGGACGCAUGCAACGCAGGGGAGUUAGACUAACUAUAGUGCAGUGAACACGGUGCUUCAGUCAUUAUAAGUAACGGCCUCUAAGCAAAAUGUGGAUACCUUAUAUGUCUAACUACAGAUAAAUUUAUUUUGUACGAUUCCCAAAUGGUAAACGCAUUUAGAAAUAUUUUUACAUUUGAGAUUUUAUUAAUAGCUUGAAAAAUGUACCUUGUAACAACGCAAUAUGAUUAAAAUUUCCAGUUACACUGGUGAUAGUAAUAUAAAAAAAUUAUUUAACAAAUCAAGAGACAGUUGUCAAUAUACAUAAGUAAAUCAUUAUCAGAAUCGAUUAUUUAUCAAAGGGCUCAAUAUUGAGUGGUUGGCGAAGAAAUAAGCUGAUUUUCAUUGAGGAUCGUUGGUUACUAAUUGGAUAAUAGUAUUCCCUGCUGUAACUCAGUGUAUCUGUCGGUAUACGCUGUCGGGGCACCAGUGAGAUGAUGACAAAUGAGGAUGAAAGUAGAUCAGUUAGCCCAUAGUGACGAAAUCCACAAGGUUGAACUACGGUGGAUUCCAGAGGGAACCGCGUGGAGGUCGACCUGAUAGGGUAUAUUGAUAGCAAUGGGAAUCCUAUAGGAUCCCCAUUGCUAGUAUUGGGGGUAUACCCCCAUUACUAACAAUCCCUUUCUCCCCUAAUCGGCUCUUAGGACAUUCUAGGUUCAGAAAGCGGUGGUGACACAUAUUUUUAUAAAAUCACCACUCAGAAAAAUUAAAAUUUCAAAGUAACAUUAUUAAACAAAAGAGAUAGCGAUAAUCCAUAUGUUUCGCCAUAUUUUGACAUAUAAAAAUGAAAAAAAAAAAAUUGUAAAAAAAUCCAACUUCAAUCUUCACAAAGUCAUUUCGGGACCAAGGUGGGAAUAAGCUCUAAAGAGAAUUGUUAAAACUCAAAAUUGACAAGAUUUUGGGAAUUAAGAUAAUCUCCUCUUAUCGAAGUUGGUUAAUCAUAUGCCAUAUGGCAUAUUUUACUUUUACAUAAAUGCAUAAAGCUUCAUUCAAAAUUCAAUUAAUUAAUAUAAAAAUAAAAUUCUUUAUAACCUCGUGUAGAUUUUUACUACUAUCCAUAUUUACUUAGAGGCCGUCAAUGUAUUACUAUUUUGCAUUAUGUCACAUUUAGCAAAUGAUUACGCUAACAACAGUUGCAACGUGCUAUGUAUGCAAAAUACCUACUUCAAUUCUGUAUUUUAUUAAAUUUUAUAAGAUUAAAAUACUUUAACACUUAAA